AUUUGACAUUGAGAAAUGAUCACAUGUAUGUCAAUGUGAACUGUGUAUAACCAGAAGUAAUGAUGGAACUACGGAAUAAGGAGAGAAGUGUAUUCGUACUUGGAUGUUUCAUAUUAGCGUGUUACUUGAAUUCUGUUGAAUCGAAUGAACACACAGGACAUGGCAACAGGAUUAAUCGAUUUUUGUUUAAUAAAGUUGAUGAACCAAACACUAUUUAUUCAAGUGUCACAUUAUGUUGCACAUGCAAUGACUUUGAUAAAACCAACACGUGUUACGAAAAGUGCAGAAAUAGAGGAGGCUCUGACUUGUGCUUUGGUAAAUUAUGUUCUACAACUGCAACUCUUCUCAACGGAAGAUUCUAUUUAGUUUCGGGCUGUGUAUCUGAAGACACCUGCAGGCAAGAAAGAGCUAUAUAUGGGAAAAGGCCAGGAUGCGAUACUCUUGAUAAGGGCGUUGUAAGAAAUGGAACAAAAUGUGGUUAUUGUUGUCAGAGUCGUGACGUCAUUACACAUGGCACGGAGGCAGCGCGCGAAUGUAGAUACAAUCUAGACAGAAUGAUGGAACAUGUGUAUGAUCAAAAUUCUAUUAUAACAGGCACAACAGAACCGACAGUGACAUCAGAUAGUUGCCAGGGAAAUGCAUGCUCUGUUUCAGCAUCUCACAUAGGCACGUCGGCACUACCGACCAAGCACUCAUUGGAAGAAAUUUGCACAAGCGACGCUGCCCAUGCUGGGAAAAUAUUCUUUCCAUAUCCCGAUGAUGACAGACGCUUUAUCGAAUGUGAUGCGCAUGGAAAAGGAUACAUUUUUCCGUGUUCUACUGGCUUGGUAUGGAAUGAUAAACAACAGGCAUGUGUUUAUGUUUCGGAAAUGUGAAUUUCUGAUGUCAAAACUGGAAAGCAAGAAUCACGUAGUAGCAUGAAUUAGUUGUUUUCUAUUAACUCAUUUAACUCUGAAUUUAUAAUGUAUUUUUCUUUUCAGAAUCAAAAUUUACAUCAUUCUUGGUGUAAACAUAUCUACGUAAAUAAAUAUUCGUAUAAGAAACCGAACAACAACUACUUAGAUACAUCCUUUGGUCUAUAUUGAUUUAAAUUAAUUUAUUUUAGUCCUCGUCACAUUGUUUGUCGAUUAGGAAUUAACUAAAAGCUUAAGAAAAUUUUUCUAUAUAAAAAUCUAUAUAAAAAUCUCAAAUAUGCAGCACUCGACAGUAGUAAUAUGACAUAAGGCACUGCCUCAGUCGGGAAUCGAUCAGACUUCAACUCAUCCCUUUAACAUUUAAAAAAAAAACUGUCUACUAGGGUGUUUAAUAACAAGCAAACUGUUGAGAAGCACAAUGACAGACUUAAGGUGAUCACAACAGCUCACACUGUGCUCAGGUGAGCUAAAAAUCAUACAAACUGAAAAGUUACUAGAUUGCAACUCACUGUUAACAAGACUUAACAGACAGACACACAUUAACAAUCUAUUUGCACCACGGCAGGUUAAGAGCUCAGUCUAGGGAGACAUAUUAGCCUUCUUGUGGCAGGCUUGGUUUUUUCUAUUUGUGUUAAUUGUAAUUCUGAAAUUACUCGUAAAACAAAUCCUAAUUUUGUUUUUAUAUACACAUCAAAAAGACUAGCAUUACACUUUAUUUAUUGAAUAAACUGUUCACAUGUUUAAGUUUUAUCUGUAUACACAUUUAUGAUGAUCACAGA